AUGAUUGUGAGGGACCCGCGAGGGAUCAUGAGUUCAAGAUAUCUACCGGCGAUGGACUGGUGUCGGGACGACACGACUUGCGCUGAGAUCGAUAUGCUCUGCGACCGUAUGAAGUAUGACAUCAUUUCUCUGAUCCAGUUUUACAACCAAUACUCAGUUCUGGUUAUUCUAGCGGUUGUGGUCCUCGAUGUGGCCCAGGGAUGGUCCAUCAGAAAUGUCGACGACAUUGAAGAGGUGGUGGAAGACAAAGAGCUGGGAGAGGCCGAGGGAUUGGCAGUCACUGCCACCACAAAGGCUGCCAAAGCCACUGGAAAGCCCGGCAAAGCCACUGGUAAGCCAGCUAAAGCACCAGGUAAACCAGGAAAAGCGACAGGAAAACCCGGAAAGGCCACCGGUAAGCCCGGUAAAGCCACAGGAAAGCCCGGAAAGGCGACCGGAAAGCCGGCAAAGGCUACUGGAAAGCCCGCAAAAGCCACCGGUAAGCCAGGAAAUAAGCCAGGUAAUCAACAGGGCAAGAAACCAGCACCCAUGGACUUGCCAGUAGACUCCCCAUAA